GUUAUUGUUUUUCCUGAGUAAUCCUCUCAGUCUCUCCAUGUUUUCUGCCUCGGGGUCCUUAUGCCGAACAGAGCUCCUCUUAUUACUGCCCGACUUAAAGACAGCAGAGAGAGGAAAGGUAAACACGAGGUGCCUCAGGUUCUCUGUCUGACUCCUGAUCUUCCAGCCAAUAACAUGUAAGUCUCUUACGCAAAAGGCAUCAGGAUUCUCAACAUCUGGGCCAAGAGUGAGAGACCAACACAAGUCCACACGUUUCUGUUCGGUUGGGAUCCGAGCUCAGUUCUGAAACAGAUGAACGUUUCUCGAACGGAUCCGAAAGACGUUGAAAAUCAGAGACAAUCUUAACACUGACAAGGCGGGGUUUCCAGUUAAAGACUGGUCAGAUCUGUCCCAGACAUGUCAUGAGCGAUCAGCUGGAGCUGCAGACGGGUUUGUUUCCAGUCAUGGCAGCAGGUGGACCGGGGAGGCGUGAGAACACACAGGCUUCGACUCAACUCAUCUCCAGGGACGAACUGUCAUCAGGAGGAUCACCUCAGCUCUGCGUCAAGUUCAGACAGAGUUGACGCCGUGUUAGCAGUUGCUUGGAGGGGGGGCUGAGGCCUAUUUUUCUUGUUCUUGGUGUUGACUCUGGGAAACUUCAGUGUUUAUUCUAUAAAACAAACAGCGGGGAAUCGAAAGCCAGCCGCUCCUCCUCAAAUUCCAGGUAAGUCAGAACUAAAAAACUCCAACAUUCCUCCUCUAAUCCUGCUUUACUCUGCUCCAUGUCGAGCUCAGAGUUUCCUGAGAGCUCCAGGCUCUAAUAAAGUUGGACUCCUCCUCGCUCCAAAGGUCCCACCGCCUGAAAGAAAAGAGGAGGAAGCCAGACGAGGAGCAGCGAGGGGAUGGGAGCGCCAGACCAGGAGGGGAGAGCUCCGUCUGCAGACUCCAGACCACCGAAAACCUCCAAAGAAGUCUAUUUCGCCGUGCUGCCGGACAAAUACGAGCCUCUGAUCGAGGAGGUGGAGGAGGAGACGGCAGAGGACAGGAAGAGGAGGAAGGAGGAGAAGAAGGAGAGGAAGAAGAAGAAAUACAAGAAGUACCGGAAGAAUGUGGGCAAGGCGCUGCGCUUCAGCUGGCGCUGCCUGCUGGCCGGCCUGCAGAGCAUGACCAGCGUUUACGCCGCGCCGCCUUCCGCCGUCGCCACGGCGUUCACGGGGGUCUGGCCUCACGGCGGCAGCAGCAAGGCAUGAUGGGACACCGCAAGACCGAGCAAAGCCUCCGGACACUUCCAGAAUUUUGUGUUUACGUAGAGUUUGUACAUUUUUCUUCAGCGUGUUUGUAAAAGU